AGCUUUCCCGAGCCUGCACAGUUCUUGUUUUGAUCGUGCUCAGGUUUGGCUGGCUGCUCCUUGCUCCAAUCUGUCUUUGUACGUUUCUUCCUUCCUCUGCUGAUGGCCACCUCGGUGCAGGAGCACAAUGUCUCGCUGGUCUUUGUCAAGGAGGAUCAGAAGGGAGGAUUCCAGUUUUCCAACUCGUUGGAGAGUCAUCAGCCGCUUAAACUGGAGGUGAAAACAGAGGAGGAAGGAGCGGACCUGCGGCUGAUUGACGGAAAUGGAGUGUGUGUAUUCAAAUGUUCCAUGAACCGUGAGACAGAAAGCUGUCGUGUGGGGAAACAAGCCUUUCUCAUUACAGUGGGAUACAGCAGCGUGCUACUUCAGUUUAAAUCACUUAAUGAGUUCUUCACCUUUUACAAUUCCUUAAAGAUCUUUAAAAACUCCAAUAAAGCUCAUUCAGCAUUCAGCCGACGAACCGAAGAUGCAUCUGCAGUACAAUAUUUCCAGUUUUAUGGCUGUUUAUCACAGCAACAGAACAUGUUGCAGGACUAUAUAAGGACAGCCACUUACCAAAAAGCAAUACUCCAGAAUCAUGAUGAUUUUAAUGAUAAGGUUGUUCUUGAUGUUGGUUGUGGGUCGGGAAUCCUUUCAUUCUUCGCAGUUCAAGCAGGAGCUAGGAAAGUCUAUGGUGUGGAAGCCAGCUCAAUGUCCAAGUAUGCAGAGAUUCUAGUGAAAAGUAACAAUCUUUCAGAACGGGUUAUGAUCCUGGAAGGGAAAAUCGAGGAAAUUACUAUUCCUGAGAAAGUGGACAUCAUUAUUUCAGAACCUAUGGGAUAUUUGUUAUUUAAUGAGAGGAUGCUCGAAAGCUACCUCCAUGCAAAAAAGUGGUUGAAGCCAAAUGGGAUGAUGUUUCCUACUUUUGGUGAUGUUCAUCUAGCUCCGUUUUCUGAUGAGCAGCUUUACAUGGAACACUACACGAGGGCAAAUUUCUGGUACCAGCAGUGUUUCCAUGGGAUUAAUUUGUCCAGUCUUUGCAGCGCAGCUAUGGAAGAAUACUUCAGUCAGCCAAUCGUAGAUACCUUUGAUGUCGUUAUUUUGAUGGCACGGUCUGUCAAGUACACUGUGAAUUUUCUGCAAUCCAAAGAAGAUGACUUGUAUAGAAUGGAGAUCCCCUUUGUCUUCCGCAUUCUUCAGUCUGGACUUGUCCAUGGCUUGGCAUUUUGGUUUGAUGUGGCAUUUGUGGGUUCACAGAAAACAGUCUGGCUGUCAACAUCCCCUGCUGAACCCCUCACACACUGGUACCAGGUGCGCUGCCUCCUACAGACCCCACUGUUUGCCAAAGAAGGUGAAACAUUCUCAGGGAAAGUCUUACUAGUGGCCAAUAAACGACAAAGCUAUGAUAUUCACAUUAUGGCUAUGGUGGACCAAACUGGCUUCAAGUCUGGAAACCUGCUAGACUUAAAGAAUCCUUUCUUUAGUUCUUAUGAAUGAAGUCCUUGUGAUAAAUCCCUCUCUAAACUGACACCAGCAUAUCUACCGAACAAGAUACUCAGGUGAUGCGUAGGAGCAGGACUGCAAUGCAACAAUAUCUGGGUGGAACUAGAAUCAGAUUUUUUGGUGAUGCCUCCAAGUUGCAAUAACCCCUUUCCUAGAACAUUUUAUCAGCUGUAUUAAAGAAUAAAUAAACACACAUUGUGUGAAUUGACGUAGUUAUUCUGCACAUAUGCAAAAUAUCAGAUGUAGUCUCAGCUCUUGAAUCAGCCAAAGGCAGCCAAGCAAACCAUCAGCUGGCAGCUGCAAAGCAACAAAAGUAAUGUGAUAAUUGUAUAGAUACUUAAAAUUUUAUACAUGUAUAUGUGUCUGUGCACACAGUCAGAUGAUCUGUAGUAGGUCAGAUCUAAUCAAAAAUGUUGUGUAAAUUGGACAGUUAUAUCAAGCUGGACAGUGAUGUGACUUUUUUAUUGCAACUUUAAUAAUAGAUGGAUCACAUAAGAAAAUGCUUCAUGUCAUGCUUAGAGGAAAAGAUUUUAGAAUCAAUCAUUUAAUAGGUAUGGCUUAUUUAUACAUUGGGAUUCUGUGUGAUAUAUUAUACAUAUGUAGCUAUAUUGCAGUGGAAAAUAUGAGUGCUGUACAGCCUACAAUCUAGAAUUAUUAACUUUUGUAAUGAUAUUUUACACUCAUUAAAUUGGAGGGAUGUCAGUGCAAGGGGACGUGACAUAUUUUGUUAUCCAAUGCUAAGCACUCACUCCUGGUUUGGAUGUAGAACCAAAUAUAGAGGAGAACACCCCAACACCCCAACUCUGCCCCAACAAUGAAGAACAACCAGAAAGUCAGACCAGUACCUGCUACUGCAGCAGUUGGAAUUGCACUUUCCAAACCAACUUUUCUCGCAGCAUUUUAAACAUGACUGCCAGUUAGUUCUAACUUCUGCCAAGUUAUGGGUGGCUUUAUCAUGGAACUCAUCUUGCAAGGGACUACCAUGGGAGGUGCAAGGCUAGUGUGCCACCAAACUCCAUAUUCAGGCCUCCUGUAAAGAAUUAUUGAUGAUGUUUAUUAUUUGCAAAAGUUGUUCAAAUGUUACCAGUUCAGCACUUCAAAAGGAAAUUAAAGUUGCUCAAUUUUAUAUUUAUUUUUCUAAGACUGUAUUUGUUAAAGGAAUACAAUGAUUUCAAGUCGGUAACUUGAAGUCAGGAUUGAAGAAAGAUGUUUUGGAAAAUUAGAGAAGUGUUUUGUUUAAUUUUCCAAGGAUACCGAGAGACUAUACUUUGUAACGCUUUGCAAAUCCACACGGCCAAAACAUCUCCAGGCCACAAGACCUCUGCAAAAGGCUUUCCCAAAAGGCUUCAGGCUAACUGCCAGCUCUGAUGAUGCAUCGAAUUACACCCGCAAUUAUUAUGGACUGUAAGGGAACUGAAGACCUUGCUGCAUUUUCCUUUCAAAGGAUUCCAGCCCCCACCCCUGUUUUCUGUUGGAAAACACAGUUUUGCUUAAGAAUCUUAGUUUACCUGAAUAUCAACAUUUUCAAAGAAAAGUAUUCAGACUCUGAAACCUAUUGUUUAUCUGAAAGUCGUGUGUAACUCAAUUAAUGCAGCAUUUAUGGGAGAUAUUUUCUGAUAUCUGUAGAACAAAAAUUGUUAGAACUGAAAUUUAAUCUCCUGUACAUACGACGGUACAUUUUAGAGAAUGGUGAAUCCACAUUUAUGACACUGAUAGCAGUUGACAUGGAUGAGUGCAGUCGGAAUUGGCCAAGUCAAUAUAAUUGUUUUUGCAAUAAAACUCUAUUAGUCACAGUCCAGGAGCCUGCUGCUCACUGAACAACAUCAGGUGCUAUCAGUCGCGUAACAUCUCAUUUGAACUGAAUGAUAUACGAAAAAGCUACCUCAUACCAAUGGCUUUUGCUUGUAUCAUCUAAUCAAAAGAAAAUAAACUGCAGAAUUGUGUUA